AUGGCUCGAGUCAUAAAUACAGGACCCGGAGACACCGGUGCCAAGGUUGCUGGAACGGCCCAAAAGAGGCAGACUAGGUCUACCACCGCUGGAGCUGCGCAGGCAACCGCUGGGCCAUCGACUGCGAAGGUGCCCACCACUGGAAAGCAGGCUACUCAAUCUACUAGCUCAGUGGCCGGACCAUCAACUGGAAAAGUGCCUGCCGCUGCAAAGCAGGCUGCUCAACCUCCUGGCUCAGUGGCCGGACCAUCGACCGCAAAGGUAGCUGCACCGACAGCUGCGAAGAAUGGAAAGCCCAAGCGUGGCAGACCUAGAACAGCAUGCUCACCAUGUCGCCGCGCCAAAAGGUCAUGUCCGCAUAUGAGAGAGGAGGAGGAAGAAGAGGAAGAGGAAGAGGAUGAUGAUGAUGGUCAGAAGAAGCUUUCUGAAAAGGCGAAGGGCAAACAAAAGAUGAAGCGUGCCGAUGAUAAUAAUGGCGACGACGACAAUGAUCAGAAGCAGCUUUCUGAAAAGGCGAAGGGCAAACAGAAGAGAAAGCGUGCCGAUGACGAUAAUGAUGACGAUGACGAUGAUGAUGCUCCAGGCCCAAAGCCAGCUAAAAAACGGGGUCGGCCGGCUAAGAAUCAAGCAGCUGUUGCUGGACCUUCAACCGUCCCUCAAACUGUUGCCGGUCCUUCAGGGAGUGCUCCUGCGCCUGCAGCACCUGCAGACUUAUCCAACCCACUGACGGCUGCCGGGCACAUCGUAACACACCAAUACAUGAGUCAGCAAUUGGGCCAGCAACUCGACGAGGCUGGGAAGAAAUGGAAAGAAGCCAUGGAGGCCAUGAUGAAGGCCAAGCAGGCUUUGGAUGCCUGGAAAGACUUCUACUUGAAGCACAAGGGAUCGCCCAGUUAG